CAACAAAUUUAAUAUUAAAAGGGAAUCCAAAACUCUAAAAAAUUGAAGUUCAGGCGAGAGAAGCUACUUGCCACCAAUCCAGGACGUUUUUAUUACUGGCAUAAACACCCACUGGACUGGAUUCUAUGUUUUAUAAACAAACUUCUCAGUUCCUACACACAAGAACUUGAAGUUUUCAGCUGCAUAUGUAGACACAAAAAUCUUAAUUCGGGUUGGAGAUACAGCUUCUGAGAUCAUGAAGAGAAGAAGAUAUGAAAUGGAAGAGUCAGAUGUAAGGUCUGCCAUUGAAGAGCUUUCCAUGUUUAGGAAAAUGAAGCCUGAUGGUGAUUUUGUUCCUGCCAAGCCUUUUCUCGAUGUCUGCAACUUAAUCCUUCAAAUCCUUGAUAAGAUAGGCCCAACAAUGACUGUCCUUAGACAAGACAUUAAUCAAAAUAUACAGAGGUUGGAGAAGUUUUGUGAAUCUGAUCCUCCACUCUUUUCAAAUUUGGUUGAGAUCUUGAAGAAAGAGAGAGAUGAAGGCAAUGCAAGACAAGUCAACAGCUGUAGUAGAGCCUUUGUCUGGCUCACCAGAUCCAUGGAUUUUACUGUAACUUUACUACAAAGUCUGACAAAGGAUCCUGGGAAGAACAUGGAGCAGGCAGUGGAAGAGUCUUAUAACAUUACCUUGAAGCCAUGGCAUGGAUGGAUCUCAGCAGCUGCUUUUAAAGUGGCUCUGAAACUAGUGCCAGAUAAUAAGACCUUCAUCAGUCUCCUCACGGAAAAAGAUGACAACUAUGAGAUUAUCAAAGAGGAUAUAGAAACUUUGAUUUCGUUGCUACUGCCUCUGCUUGAAGAAAUCCAUUCUAUUAUGGAACUUCAUGGGUUGGAUAAGAUGAAGUCAACAUGAGGAGGGAAUACUGCUCAGGAUUUGGUUUUAUAUACCUGAGCUUACAUACCCAAUUUUCUUUUCUUGUAUAUAUAAUAUAUAUAUGAAUGUGUGUACAGGUUUACAAGUCCUAAGCACUUAUUCUUCUGUGAAGGCUCCUAGAUUCCGUCUCAUGCUCUGUCUAUUACUAUGUUUCCUAAGGAUAAAAACAGAUACUUAGGAGGCUUGACCAGUUCUAUAACUGGUUUUUGUUGUUUUGUUCAAUUAGUCCCUUCUGUUCUUGUUACGGCAAUAGCCAAUGUCACAGCUCUAGUAAUUGAACAUAGAAUUUGACGAAUUUCCACCAACAAUCUCCAUGCUCGAAGUCAACUGAUUUCUCCAGGAAGGAUUUCUUAACCAAUUCAAACAUGUGGAUAUUCACGACAACUCUUAAGCAAUUAGUUUAAAUAUUGUAAAUUUGCUCAACUAUAUACAAACAGAUAAAUUAUGUCU